AUGGCGGCGUAUUCGUUACAAACUCGAAAUGCUAUGACAUCGCCAAGUCGUAAGCCUCGAAUUGAUCGCAAAACGAUGCAACGAAUUGAUAGAAAUCGCCAGAAAUUAGAAACAUUAAGGGCAGCUUAUGAAGAUGAUCUAAGUCAAAUUUUAACUACAUCCAAUGUCUACAAUGCAGCCUUGUUCGAUUUACCCAUUCGAAUGGGUCGACCAAUUAAACCUGAAGUUUUACCGCCUCGAGCUGCUGGAAAUAUCGAGCUAUUAAAAAUUCCCAAUUUCUUUCACUUAACACCUCAAAAAGUGCGACGUGAUACCGAUGCUUUAAAAGCACUAUGCAAUGCGUGGCCGAGCAAGAUCAAGCGUAGACCUAUACGCAUUUAUUCACGCAAUUAUUUGUACGCAGGGCCUUCUGUGGCUCAUCCUAAAUCCCACUUUGUCAAAUUGGAGGUCAAUAUCAACGAUCUACCACUCAAUGAAUCUGCAAGAAAACGAUUGAUGGCUCUUGCAGGAAAUUACUAUGAUGCAGAGACCAACUUGCUAACGCUAGUAGGCAAUAAAUGUCCAACUAGAAAACAAAAUAGAGAGUAUGUAAUGUAUUUAUUAACAGCUUUAAUACUAGAGUCUAAAAAAUGCUAA